AUCAGCUGCAGCCAUCUGUGCAGGAACAGCUAAGUGACGGAGGCCCGCUGCACGUUUCCCCUUUACCUUUAUACUCUUCCUUCAUUUUGGUCGCCUGAGGCUGUCAGAAAUCACCUCCAUAUACAGCGCCGCGACAAAUAUGAGAAUUUCGCUUGCACUUUUUGCUGCGUUUGCUGUCGGGAUCACUGUCGAAGCGACGGUGUUCUUCAAGGAGCAGUUUCUGGAUGGAGAUGGAUAUAAGAGUCGAUGGUUGGAGUCCAAACACAAAUCAGACUAUGGCCAGUGGAAACACUCUGCUGGAAAGUUCUAUGGCGAUGCUGAGCUUGACAAAGGUCUUCAGACAAGCCAGGAUGCCAGGUUUUAUGCCUUGUCCAGUCGGUUUGAGCCUUUCAGCAACGAAGGUAAACCCCUGGUGAUUCAGUUCACAGUGAAACACGAGCAGAAGAUAGACUGCGGAGGUGGCUAUGUAAAAGUCUUCCCAGCUGAUCUGGACCAGGCUGAUAUGCAUGGCGAAUCUCAGUAUUACAUCAUGUUUGGUCCUGACAUCUGCGGCUACAGCACCAAGAAAGUGCACGUCAUUUUUAACUACAAAGGACAGAACCACCUGAUCAAGAAAGACAUCCGAUGCAAAGAUGAUGAAUUCACAAACCUGUACACACUGAUCCUACAUCCUGACCAGACCUAUGAAGUGAAAAUCAACAAUGAGAAAGUGGAGUCCGGCUCUCUGGAGGAGGACUGGGACUUCCUCCCUCCCAAAAAGAUCAAAGAUCCAGAGGCAAAGAAGCCAGAGGACUGGGACGACCGUGCCAAAAUCGAUGAUCCUGAGGACACAAAACCAGAGGACUGGGAUAAACCCGAGAACAUUCCUGAUCCUGAUGCCAAAAAGCCUGACGACUGGGACGAAGAUAUGGACGGCGAGUGGGAACCACCCAUGAUCCCUAACCCUGAGUACAAGGGUGAAUGGAAACCUAAGCAGAUUGAGAACCCCAACUACAAAGGAACGUGGGUGCAUCCUGAGAUUGACAACCCAGAUUACACACCAGAUAAUGCUAUUUACAAAUAUGACAACAUUGGAGUUAUUGGACUGGACCUGUGGCAGGUGAAAUCCGGGACCAUCUUUGAUAAUUUUCUGAUCACUGAUGAUGUAAAGGAGGCAGAGGAAUUUGGCAAAGAGACAUGGGGAGCCACAAAGGGCCCAGAGAAGAUGAUGAAGGAUAAGCAAGAAGAGGAGGAGAGGAAACAGAGGGAAGAGGAGGAGAAGGACAAGAAGGAAAGUGAAGGUGACGAAGACGACGAUGACGAACCGGAAGAUGAACAAGAAGAUGAAGAGGAGGAGGAAACUACAGAGGAGCCUACUCUGCUGGAUGAAGAUGAUGAGGAAGAUAAGGCUGUUAAAGAUGAGUUGUAGAUGGUAUCAGAGCUUUCGAGCACAUUUUAGGAGAACCUACUGAUCCUCCCCCACUCAGUGAAGCUCUUUCUGUGGGCUUUAACUACCCAACCAGGACAAUAGAGUAAGGAUGUGUUGUGUUUUUGUUUGUUUUUUUCAGUUCAGUUGGCAAGGAUUGUUUUCCUACCGCCGCACCCCUUUGUUUUCAAUCAUAAAAGUAAUGCUAUGAAAGAUUAGCCAUGCCCUGGAUUUUUGUUUGAUUGUUUGUUUGUUUUUGUUUCCCUACUGCUGCUACCCAGCUACUCCAGUUCCCACCCAAAGUUACACGUAAAACUAAAUUAGUGUGGAUUAUUGCCAUCGUGUCUUGAGGGGAAAAUGAUGAGUGUAUAAUUUUUAGGUUAUUUGCACUUUUUUUAAAUAAAUGAUUUUCUUAAACCAUU